CAUUUGCUUUGACAACUCAACGAACUGCAUUUCAUUAUUUAAUUUUUAUUUUGUGUGGAUGGAAUUGAAAUCUGUCAGAAACCAUAUAGCCUAAUAUCGUUAUGUAGAGUGUCUUAAAUCAUUCUCACUUCUUCUUAGUCCAUCUAAUUGGCCGCCAACGAGUCUUCCGAUGAUUUUUUAACAAUGACUUCUUAUGACUUCCACCAUCCCAGCAAAAAGUAGCGAAUGGUCCUUGCACAGAGAAUCUUCGCAGUAAACAAGAAUUAACAUAAAGAAAUAAAGAUGUCGUUCAUCUCAAACUUGCCACCCUCUGUGGUGGCAAAGCAAGGGAGAACUGAAGGGGAGAGUGAUGAGCCACAGAAGAAAUCACGUGAGGAUUACAAGAAGAUGAAGGAGCUAGAAGAGGCACGAAAGGCUGGUACUGUCCCUGCUAUGCAGGAUGAGGAUGGCAAUGACAUCAACCCUCACAUUCCACAGUACAUCAUGCAGGUGCCCUGGUUUUUUGGGGAGCAGCGUCCAACAUUAAAACAUCAACGCCCUCAGCCAGAGAAACAAAAACGGUUCUCCGACCUGCAGGAAUGGUUCAAGAAAGGUGUAAAGGAGGGUCCAGUUUCCACAAAGUUUCGGAAGGGAGCAUGCGAAAAUUGUGGAGCAAUGACACACAAGAAAAAAGACUGCCUUGAGCGUCCAAGAAAGAUAGGAGCCAAAUUUACUGGUGAUAAUUUUGCACCAGAUGAGCACCUACAGUCAGAUCUGGCGUUUGACUAUGAGGGGAAACGUGACCGCUGGAAUGGUUACAACCCAGACGAGCAUCAGAAAAUCUAUGAGGAUUUUGAGAAAAUUGAAGAGGCUAAACGUCUGCUUAAAGAAAAGAAGAUAGAAGAAAACUUCCUUGAUGGAAGUGAGAAACAAGUUAUAGAGGAGGAAAAGGUGGCUGGAGAUUCUGAUGAUGAAGACAAGUAUGCUGAUGAUGUGGACAUGCCCGGGCAGAAGUUUGAAACCAAACAGAGAAUCACAGUCAGAAAUCUACGUAUUCGAGAAGACACAGCUAAGUAUUUGUUCAAUUUGGACACAAGUUCUGCCCAUUAUGACCCGAAAACGCGCUCCAUGCGAGAGGAUCCCUUCAAAAACACAAGCAAAGAGAAAGAGGCUGAGUUCCACGGAGACAAUUUUGUUCGGUAUUCUGGAGAUGCCAAGCAGUUUGCUAAGAACCAAAUGUUUGCUUGGGAUGCCUACGAGCACGGGGCUGACGUGCACCUGCAGGCAGACCCGACCAAGCUGGCCCUGCUGUCCCGGGAGGUGAAAAAACGCAAGGAGGACACGAAAACAGAUGCCAAACAGUCAAUUCUUGAUCGCUAUGGCGGGGAGGAACAUCUUGAGGCCCCACCCAAACAGCUCCUUCUCGCACAAACGGAGGAUUACACGGAGUAUUCGCGACAUGGCACGGUUAUCAAGGGCACAGAGAAGCCUGUGGUUCGGUCAAAGUACCAGGAGGAUGUCCUCAUUAACAAUCACACCAGCGUAUGGGGUUCGUACUGGAGCGCGGGCCACUGGGGUUUCAAGUGCUGUUGUUCGUUCAUUAAAGAGUCCUACUGCACAGGUCUGGCUGGCAUUGAGGCUGCACAGAAGCAAAGUUUGAUACCAAUUGAGGCUGUGCACUCAGAAGGUGAGGAAGAAGAGGAAAGCCAACAGAAGUCUCUGGAAGAGGAACAUCAGGAGAGAUUGAAGGAGAAAAAGAAGAAGAAGAAACAAAAGAAGAAGAAUCGGAAGAGGAAGAAGAAGAGGCGAGCCAGUAGCAGUGAGAGCAGCUCAUCCAGCGAAGAGAGUGACGCAGAUAGUGAGGAGGAAGAGAGAAGGAAACAGAAGAAACUGGCAAAGGCUUUAAAGAAGGAAGCUGAGAGUCAGCGGCGGGCGGAGCAGCUGUUGGCGAUUGAUGAGCGUAAACGUCCUUACAACAGCAUGUUUGAGGCAAAGGCCCCAACGGAGGAAGAGAUGGAGGCUUGGAGGAUGAAGCGUCCUCGAAUGGAGGACCCGAUGACUCACUUCACCUGAGCUAUUCUCAUGAUUUUAUAAUGGACCUUAUCAUAAAUUUAUGUUCUUGAACUCAACUGACACUCUGUCGUGGGACACUUGAUCAUCCCACUUCACCUGAACACUUCUCGGAAUGAUUAAAAUGUGGUUCAAGUUCGUGGACAUUAUCUAUAGUGUUUAUAAAUAAAAAUGGAAAAUGAAAGGACGCUGUUGUCGACCUGAUAAGGAUUCAUGUUAUAAACUUCAUGAACUUCUGCCUUAGUAAUAACAUUGGAGAUAAGGAUUCUGAUUGUGAAUCAUCAUACCAAUUGGAACUUAUUGUGUUAGUACUGGGUAUGCCUGGACACUUUAUGGACUCUACAUUCAGACUUCUAUAUGCAGUGUUGUUCUGAUAUAUUUCUAAGGUCCAUGGAGGUACGUGUAAGUUGUAACGGUUCAAUUUGUGAUACAUUUAUUUUUAUAUUUUCAAGCAAAGUUCAUUCAACUGUGAUGGAUUACUGAUGCUGUUUACUGUUUUAAGUAAGAAAAAUAACUGUUUGCACCGAUGCAUCUUUAAGCCAGUUUCCUGUAGAAACCAUGAAAAACGUGUAAUUGGGUCAAAUAAGCCAAGUUACCAUUUCGGCCCUGGAACAAUAUGUCCUUAUAUUGUGUUUUUUAAUUGUUUUAUUGAAUUCAUUCUGAAAUUAUAACUUGUUGUAUAAGACUGUGCAUCAGAUCAUCCCAAAAACAAGUUUGGUGCAAACUAAUUUCUCUACAUGUAUAUUUUUAUCACAAAUAUAUGAAAUAUGUCCUGAUAUAUUGCAUGGACAAGCAUGUUAACUUGAACAUACACAAAAUCAAAUCUUUGUCUGUAAAUAACGGAAAUGCUUAAAAAUAAUAUUUAUUCUGUUUGGAUUGAGAACAUAUAUGCUGAUACAAUACAUAAUAAAACCAGGCUAAAAUGGACCAUGCUGAGUUUGUCACAGGGCCUAAUAUGACAUGGUUGAAAUGGUUAUUGGGCCAAAAUGAUCCGCAUUGAUCAGUUUUAAUUUCUUUUUAAAUCUUGCUAGUUUUAACUACAUGUAUAUAAACAACAAAACUGUGUGUUUUAAGAAUGUAUUUAAAUGUUUGUUAAUAUGCAUUUAUCAAAUUAAACAUGGAUAGGCUUGGUGCAUACUCGGUGACCACUUUAAUCUGAUAACUGCAUAUAAAUAAACAUUAACUUGCUUUAAAAGUGUUCAAAAUAAUGGUUUGUCUGAGAGCCAGCCUCUGUCGAAAUCAGUCAAUCUGCCUGAUUAAAAUCAAUUACAGCUGACUGUUGAUUUAACAAAACAAAUGUUCUGCAAAAUUAAAAAAUACUGCCUUUCCAUUGGACAAACAAAUUAUUUUGUACACAAACAUGUUUUAAUCUUAUUUAUAUUAGUUGUAUAGGACUACUCUAAAAAUCUAAUAGAUGAUAAAUAUUUCAUGUUGUAUGUUAUAACUUGAACAAGUCAAAUACAUAAUUUGAUUAAUGUCAUAUUACCUGAAAACAAGUGGAUAAACCUGGUUAUUUAUUGGAAACUACCAGUAUCCAUGCUGAUAAGCCUUGGACUUCGUUAAAAUGUAUACAAUGUUUUAUCAUGGGUAUUUCAUUGUUAUAUAAGCAUCAUGAACGAAUUGGGAUUCUUAAAAAUAAACUAAAUAAUGUUGUAUAUAAUUAUGUAUAUGUUGUAUGUAUGUUUCCCUAUCAUGGCAAAUUUGCUGAUGUUAUAUACUUCUACAUCCAUGCAACGGCCUUAAUAUUAUAAUCAAAACCAUGUUUACCUAGACAAUAGGAAUAAUAAUGUACAAACUCUCACCAUUUGGACUGAAAUGUUGAUUUCAGAAAUGCUUGUAGGUACAGUGAAUAUUUUUUAAUCACAUACCAACGCUCGAUAUUAAAUGUUAAAU